UAACAUCUCAACUCCGAAGUAAGACGGAGCGUGCCGAAGACCUUCGAUUGCAUUUUAUGUGGUCGUAAAACUUACCUUUCAAACUGAUUCAGCCUUGAAAAGGGUAUUCAAGUGUUGCACACCAAACAAGUUUAAACUCCGCCAUAUUGUUUACAGGUAUCAGUGUACUUUAAGAUAAAAUCAAAAGAAAAUGUCGGGAAAGUCCGGCGUUUAUCUGGUAUCGUCGAAGCCAGUGGAUGGACGACAGGCUUUUGAUAAUAUCGGAUACGAUUCUGAAACCAAGGUUACUUACAAUGGGGCAGACGGCGUAGAAAUUCCACCGGAAGUGAGACCUAUUCCGGACAAGCCGUAUCGAGGAAUGGGGAAAGAAGAUCUUCUACAUUUCUCCACACAGCCUUUCUGGAGUCGUCUGCGAAUGAUAUGCGUUUCUAUAAUAAUCAUCGGUUGGCUGGCUCUGAUAAUCGCAGUGGUGGCGCUGGUAUUGAUCUAUCCAAAGUGUCGUGACCCGGGGUCAAGGUCAUGGUGGCAGACGGAAGCCGUGUAUAAAAUCUAUGUACCGAGUUUUAAGGACAGCGAUGAUGAUGGAGUCGGGGACCUUGCUGGCAUAGAAUCAAAAUUGGAUUACAUCAGAGAUCUCGGAUUCGGUAUAAUAUCAUUAAGUCCGAUCUACAGCACCGCAAAUUCUGUACCAUUUCUAAUCGGAAAUGACCUAGCGAUUACAAACCACACAAAUAUUGGCGUAAAAUUCGGGACAAUGACUGACUUUGACAAUCUAAUCAAAGCAGCCCACGAUAAAGGAAUGUAUGUAAUUCUGGACUUUAUACCAAACCAAACUAGUGACGACCACCCAUGGUUUCUGGAAAGCAGAAUGAGCUCACCUAACGACAAGAAGAAUUUCUACAACUGGGCCGAAACCGACACGCCACCAAAUAACUGGAAAAGUGUUUACGGUGGUCCAGCAUGGAAGAAUGACUCAAUGAGAAAUAAAGCUUACCUGCACCAGUUUACACCGGAAAUGCCUGACCUAAAUUUGAGGAGUGCUGUUGUCUUAGAGGAAUUGCAGGGAAUCCUUGAUUUUUGGCUGAACCGCGGAGUUGACGGGUUCAAUGUUAGAGAUGCUGGAUAUUUGUAUGAAGACUACGAUCUAAGGGACGAACCUGGAACCGGAAGCACUUAUGAUGAUUUGGAACACAUAUACACGACCAAUCAACCGGAAGUGUACAAUGUUCUGGAACGCUGGAGAAAAUUUGUACGUGAACACAACUUCACGAAUACUGAAAAGUUACUAAUGUCAAGUAUAGAUGGGGGACUGGAAGUAACAGAGCUGUAUAGUGACUGUGACAGAAGUGGUAUCCAGAUGCCGCUCAAUGACAGAUUCCUUGACAAGAAAAAUCCAUGCGAUGGGAAGUGUGUUGUUCAGUAUGUUGAUGGCUGGAUGAACCAAGUUCCUAGUGGAAAAUGGGCCAAUUGGAUGACAGGAGAUGAUAGUUCAGAGCGGUUUGCUGGCAGAUUUAACGCAACGUUCAUAAACGCUUUCACCAUAUUAACUUUCUUGAUGCCCGGAACUCCUCUCGUUUUCUACGGGGAUGAAAUCAACAUGGUAAACACCGGUGCAGGUGGCGACCUCUGGACACGUGAUCAACCAAACACCCGGAUCAUGCGAUGGAGUAAUACAACUAAUGGCGGAUUCUGUAAUGAUACUUGUAAUCCGUGGACAACUAUCAGUGAUGUUUCUACGGGGAAUAUUGAGAAUGCUUAUUCAGAACUGAUAAAGGCCCUUGUAGAUUUGAGAAAAGAACAAUCAUUUAAAGUUGGGGACUACUUUACAGCAAUUAGAGACAACAAUGUUGUGUCAUUCGUCCGAGAAUUCGAUGGAGAAACUGGGUAUUUAGUUGCCGUGAAUUUCGGACCAAACACUGAAAAACGUGACUUUAUUGGAUCACAUGACACAAUACCAGAAACAGGAGAGGUGGUGUUAUCACAUAGCUCCUCCUACGAGUUGGAAGCUGAGGCGGAGCUUGGUAGCCUUGAAAUAGGUCCUUACGGAGGGGUGGUUGUCAGCUGGGAUUAUGUUGCAAAAGAACUUUGAUUUACUUCGAAACAAAUGACUUUACAAAUAAAUACACGGACAAAUGAUCGAAAUAUCCUUUAAAAAUAUUCAGUUUGAGUAGAUAUUAAGAUUUUAACGGAAAAUAAAUGAGUAGUAAUUAAAUAAGUUAUAGAUGUUUUUUUUUAUUUUAAAAACAAAUAAAUCAGAAGAAAAUUUA